AUGCGCUUCUCACAAAUACCCUCGCCCGCCGAGGCAACCGCCAUACUGCUCCUGCUGGCCGGUCCGGCGGCAUCGUCGGUGCUCAUCUGCGACAAACUCGUCACCGACACGCGGAAAUUCAACCUCAAGCCCCUGUUUGAAAAGGGCCCCCACUCCGUCACCAUCAGCCAACAGGUCGGAGCCAACUCCCAUAACACCACCUUCACGACCGACCUGUGCCAUGCAUUGAAGCGCAAGGGCGACGUGGAUGACAAACAGAAGUGUCCGCACAACACCAGAGUGUGUGCAGUAGAGCGACUGGUGGGCACGGGCGACUCGAAAGUCGAUGUGAUCGAGGACGCCUUUGCCGUAGCCGGCAACCUGCAGCAGUACGGCGGCGGCAGCCUCGACCACGAGAUCAUCAACCUUAGCUCGAGCGACUCCAACGCCGACGCCGAGAAGCAGGGCGUGCGCAUCAUCCUCAAGGGCGGCUUCCACACGGGGCUCAACAGCCAGAAGCGCCAGCAGCGCGCCAUCAUCGAGUUCAUCUGCGACGAAAAGUUCGAGGGCGACGAGGCCGAGUGGACGUCCGAGGACGAGUACGUGCCCGGCGGUGACGAUUCCGACAACAUGCGGGUGCGCAGCGUGGCCGACGACACGGACCCCCUGCUGUACGUCUCGGAUGAGGAGGGAGGCGGCGGCGGCGACGACGACAAGAGCAAGCCGGUACAGCUCGGCGACAACGAGAAGCAGGCCUUGAUCUUCAACAGCUACGGCCCCCUGGAGAGCGACAAGGACGUUGACGUCCUCCGUUUGACGUGGAAGACCAAGUACGCCUGCCCAGACCGCAGGGCCGAGCCCGGCGAGGAUAGUCCGAGCAGCCACUGGGGCUUCUUUACUUGGAUGGUCAUGAUUGUCUUCCUCGGCACGGCCUCCUACCUCAUCUUCGGGUCGUGGCUCAACUACAACCGCUACGGCGCUCGCGGAUGGGACCUGCUCCCCCACGGCGACACGAUCCGCGACAUCCCAUAUCUGAUGAAGGACUGGACUAGGAGGGCGCUGAACACGGUGCAGGGCAGCGGUAGUCGCGGCGGGUACAGCGCCGUCUGA